AUGGAGAGGGGCUGGAUAGUAUGGCUACUACUGCUACUAUUGCUUAGCCUGGUGACUCCAUUGGCCUCCACCCAGACCCUGAGCUACCAGGAUUUGGUGAACAGAUUCAUCAGCAAUUUCAACAAGAAGUCAAACUCAAGAAACCUCUUCCGACUCUUGGCUCUAAAUCUGCAGCCUGGGGCAAACAAUGAUCCUGCCAUCCCCCAACCUCUGAAUUUCACCAUGAUGGAGACUGUGUGCCCUAAUACCAGACAACAGCACCUGGUUGAAUGUGACUUUAAGAAGCAUGGGCUGGUGAAAGAAUGCCAUGGAAUCAUCUCCUUGGAUGCUAUUCAGCCUUUUAUCGAUAUUUCUUGUGAGGAGCCUGACCAGAUAAUGAAUGGUGGUUUUUGGCAUAAAAUUAUUCGAACGUUUAAAAAUAUCAUUCGUCAAACAUAUGGAAAAUUGUUAGAAGAAUAUAGGAAAUGGCGGAACAAUUUUUCUGGAUGAGGUGACAACAAUGAAUAGAAACCUGCACCUUCACUUCUGCUGAUGGCACCAAAUUCUGCCCUGGUCUUCUCAGAUGAAUAAACUGUGUG